AAAUAUUUCCUUUCUACAGGGGUUAUUGUAUUCAUUUUUGUGUAUAUAUAUUAUUUUUUAAUAUUGACACUUAAUGCUGAGGAGCAUAUGGAAUAAAAAGCAAGUGUCCUCAAGUAUUUCCCACCUCUCUCAGCAAAGGUAACUGUUGUCCACCCUCUUAAUUCUUCAGUUCAAAAUAUAAGCAUGUAGUUACUCAUGAAUAGAAUAAGAAUCUACUCAUUCACGAAUCAUCAUUUCACUUUUUAUUCCACACCAACCUCCGUUCUCAGACUGGGAAUACAGCACUGAAGGAGCCUGUCCAAUCCCUCCCUCUUACUUACAUGCAAUGGUGGCAGGUGGCUAGAAUAUGGACAGCACCCCUAACCACCUUUGUGAUUUCAGGAAAGAAGUGCUGAGAAGAUACUACUCCUAGAAAAGCACAUGGAGAUGGUGUUGGGACAGUGGGCUGGAGUGGAUGAAGCGGUCACACAGGAUAGACAGUAGAGCCCUCUCUGAUGAAGUGACCUUUGAGCAGAGCUCAGACUAACAAAACCCCUAAGCCAAGCACAUUUGUAUGGCUGUAUUUGGUGUUUCUUCUGCCCAGUCAGGGAGGAGCUUUAUUCAAAGGACAGAACCAACCUCAGUCAGUGUCAGAUGGAGUGAGGGACUCAAAGUGGAAGCAACUGAGGUCUGAGCAGGAAGGUGGGUAUAGGGCCCUGCAAUCCAUGCAAAGAUGUAGUCCAUAUGUUAGGGAGCCACUGGAUUAUGUACAACAAAGGUGACAUCUGAUGUAUUAUUUUAUCUAAGUGUCAUUGACAUAGAAUAUCCUAUUUUCAGGUGUGAUUCAUUUCAGUCCACAGUGAUUGGUUAUUUUUAUGCAUUAGAAAAUGAUCCCCGUGAUAAUACUAGUUGCCGUGUAUGAUCUCACAAAUUAAUUACAUCAUCUUCCCUGUGCUGUACACUACUUCCCGUGACUUAGUUAUGUUAUAGCUGGAAGUUUGCACAGCUUCAUCCCCUCACCUUGUUUUGCCUGCGCCCAGCCCCUCCCCCACCUUUGGUGUCCUUCAGAUUCCUUGCCUGUCCGUCUAUUUCUGUUUCUGUUUCUCAGAUCCCACAUACAGGUGCUGUCGUGUGGGAUUUGUCUGUCUUACUUGACUCAGCAUGAUGACCUCAGGGCCAUCCAUGUUGUCACACACAGGAGGAUCUCCCUCCUGAGGCUCAGGAGCAUUUAUAACUUAGUUGAUGCUCUAGCUGAAGUUUAGAAGCAGACUUGAGAAAAUCCUUCUGUAGUGUGUACAUUCUUCUCUCCAAGAGAAGAUACAAGCUUCCAACUAGAUGGAAGAGCAGGGCCUGGGAGGGGAAUGCUCGUGGGAGGUGGCAGUAUUGUGUUGGGUGCUGGCCCAGGCUGCCUCACCUGUGACCAUCCUGAUGGGGCACUUUUUCUCUCCAGCAGAAGCAAAGCCAGAAAUGCAUCUCUCUGCAUGCCACCCCCUGGCCUGCAGUCAGCACAUCCUCAUCAGGCACACGAUUCACGGCCAUUCUGCUCAGAUGUGUGCAACAAAUUAUGCACAGCCAAGGAGUCCUGGCCUGGAACACAAGGAGCAAGAGCAGGAAGAACUCUCUCAUCAGAGCGACCAGACUGAUUGGGCAGCAGGUCAAGAGAGAGAAGAAAACUCCCAGACCUUGUUGAGGAGGGGGAGUCAGACCUCAGGGGCGUCUGCCAGCCCACACCCCACCCAGGCAGUAAGUCUGGACCAACGGAACUCAGUGGUGGAAAUAGAGGGCAGCCAAGCCCAGAGGGGAAAUCCUAAAGAAACAGGCAAAGUAUUAAAAGGAAGAGAAAAUUCAGGGUGUGAAGUAUUCAGAUCUGCAGAGUGUGGCCAAGGCUUUAGCCAGAAGACAAAGCUACUCGAACACAGAGAAGUACAUUAUAGGCAGAAUCUUUUAACAUGCAGGGAGUGUGGACAGGACUUUACUGAUAAGUCAGCACUAUUGUUGCACCAGAAGACGCACCCAGGAGAGACUCCAUAUAUGUGCAGAGAGGGUGGGGCAGACUUCAGCAACAAUUUUAACCUCAUAACACAUCAGGGGACACAGUCUGAGGAGAAGCCUUUUGUGUGCAAUGAGUGUGGGAAAAGGUAUACCCAAAAAUCAGCUCUGAAAACCCAUUCGUGGACACACUCAGGGGAGAAGCCUUUUGUGUGCAACAAGUGUGGGAAAGGCUUUACCCGAAAAUCAUCCCUGAUUUCUCACCAGUUGAAACACUCAGGAGAGAAGCCUUUUGUGUGCAAUGAGUGUGGGAAACGAUUUUUGCAUAAAUCAACCCUAAUCUCCCACCAGAAGAGACACUCACCAGAAAAGCCUUUUGUGUGCAAGGAGUGUGGGCAAGGAUUUUUCCUGAAAUCAGCCCUUAUACGCCAUUGGAGGACACUGUCAGGGGGGAAGCCUUUUGUGUGCAAGCAGUGUGGGGAAAGGUUUAUCCAUAAAUCAGCCCUGAUGUCCCACCAGUGGAAACACACAGGGGAGAAGCCUUUUGUGUGCAAGGAGUGUGGGCAAGGUUUUGUCCAUAAGUCAACCCUGAAGUCCCACCAGUGGAAACACUCAGGGGAGAUGCCUUUUGUGUGCAAGGUGUGCAAGCAAGGAUUUUGUCAAAAAUAUUCCCUGAUACGCCAUUGGAAGACACACUCAGGAGAGAAGCCUUUUGUGUGCAAGGUGUGUGGGCAUGGCUUUACUCGAAAAUCAAACCUGAACUACCACCAGAGGACACACACAGGAGAGAAACCUUUUCUGUGCAAGGAGUGUGGGCAACGCUUUUCCCAUAAAUCAUCUGUGACCUACCACCAGUAUAAGCACUCAGGAGAGAAGCCUUUUGUGUGCACGUAUUGUGGGCAGCAUUUUAGGUGGAAGUCCAUUCUCGUAAGCCAUCAGAGUAAACACUCAAGGGCAGAGCCAUUUGUGUGCAGGUGCUGUGGGCUAAAUUUCAGCCUGAAGUCAUGUCUCCUAAAUCAUCUGAAGACACACUCAGGCAACGUCUGGCGCCCAGCGUGGGGCUCAAUAGUGACAGGCUUCAAUUGACUUCAGGCCGGUCAGAACGGGAAAGGAAUUGUAUGCUCUGAGGUAAGUGAAACUUUUGGAAUUAUUUUUGCAGAGUCGUGGGAAAUUCCCAGCCCGCCCAAAAACAAUAAUCUGUUUUAUUACAUACUUAAAGGCUCCGGGGUUAAAGUAGAAAAAUCAACUAUGACAGAGUUAUUUGAUUUGGUGAAUAAGCAUUGUUAUCGGUUUAAUCCACAAGGGAAAGCUGUAUUGAAUUUAAAAUUCUGGAGACAGGAUUUGAGAGCUCUCCGCCGAGCUCAUCAACAGGGGGAGCAAAUUCCCUUGUCUGUCUGGUCUCUUUAAUUUAAUUAGUUUAAUCCUGGAAACUUUACACUCUGAAUCUGAAGAAUCUGUGAGAGCGGUCAAUGCUGAAGUUAAUGAUGAAAAUGAAGAUAAAAGAGGAGACCCAGAAAAUACUGGGGGAGCGUCCUCAUUCUUAAAAAUCUGCAGGUGGAUAUGAAAGUCUAGGGACUUUACAUAUUGAGUCAUUAUUUCCUGAGGAGGAAUCAGAUAAAAGUAUUCUGAAACAGAACUAAAAGGGAUAGAAAAUGUAGCUGCUUAUAGAAACUCCACCUUUAAGUAAUGAUUCUAAACAUUCUAUUGAAAAAUUGCUACCUUAACAUUACCAGAAUCACUGAUUUCAACAUUAAAUCCUUUGAAAAAUAGAGUUGAAUCUCCUCUAGUUAAGGAACAUGAUAAGCACAUUCAUCCAGUAAAGACUUUUGCUAAUAAAGGGAGUGUGUCCCUACAGCCCCUCCUUUGCCUUCAUAUCAUGAUAUUCCACCUAAGUCAACUGUUCCCAUUCCUCAAGUUUCAGUAAUAGCUCAAUCCAUCUUGAAUACAAGCAGAGAGGGGGAUAUUGAUGCUUUCUCACUGCCUAUUUCAGCUUCUAUGUUUCCUGUCACUGUACAACAAAUGCCUGCUAAUGACCAAUAUCCUCAAGAAUAUCAACAAUUUGAAUACACUCCCUUAUCUUUUAAAGUUAUAAAGGACUUGAAACAAGUAGUGACUGUUAGGCUGGAGGAAGGAAAAACAAGGACAUGCACACAGAACAGAGAUGCCAUAGGGGGAGAACAGACCAGACCCCGAGGUCCGUGCCUUAUACGGAAAGGGGGCAGCUCUCCCUGAAUUCCAUCCUCCUGAUGUGCCAGCUAAGCCCCGGAUGUCAGCCUCCUCCCUCUUGGAAGGAAAAAAAGUUUCUAGUUGUCUAUCAUGUCACCUUUAGCCAAUCGUACCUCUCCACGCCCCCUAGGAUAGCCGGCCCACUCCUCCCCUCCUAGCCCCUUAUAAGCCCCCACCUCCCUGACCGGGCGCGACUUCCCGGCCUGUAGAACCCAGACCGCGGAACAUCACCCGGGAGUUGCACUCAAAUAAACUACCUGGCCCUUUGUGGCCUCUCUUCGCCUGCUUAUUUUGGCUAAAAUUUAUCUUACAGUGACUAUGUAUGGAAUGCAAUCUAAUUAUGUUGUAGGACUGUUACAAGGAUUAGCACAGGAAUACUCCUUAAUCCCCUAUGACUGGGAUAUGUUAGCCAGAACAGUGACCUUUAACAAAAGAGAAGCUUCAAACAUUAGAGCAAUUAAUUCUUGAAUAGCUGUCUGCUGGACAUAUAGAAGAAUCUGUUAGUCCAUUGAAUUAUUCUAUUUUUGUUAUUAAGAAAAAAAUCAGGAAAAUGGAGAAUGCUGAUAAAUAUUAAAAAAUAAAUGCUGUUAUUCAACCUAUGGGUCCUCUCCAACCUGGACUGCCACAACCCAGUAUGAUUCCCUUCUAUUGGAAUUUAAAAUAAUUGACUUAAAAGAUUGCUUUUUCACCAUUCCAUUACAGCCUUCUGAUUGUGAAAAUUUUGCUUUUACUGUUCCAUCUCCCAAUAAUUAUAAAUCUACUGCUAGAUAUCAAUAGAAAGUUUUCCCUCAAGAAAUGUUAAAAAGUCCUACAUUAUGCCAAUAUUUUGUUAAUCAGCCUUUAGAAAAAUUAAGGAGAAAAUUUCCUGAUUCAUUAAUUAUUCAUUAUAUGAAUAUUUUCAUUGCUCAUUAAAAUUUGCCCACCUUGCAAACCCUCUAUGAGCAAGCUGUUACAGAAUUAAAAAUUUAUGGUCUUAUUGCUUCUGACAAGGUACAGGAUAGUAUUUCAUAGAACUCUUUAGGAAGUAUAAUUGAAAGAACAAAAAUUCUUCCACAAAAAUUCAAAUUUGGAGGGAUACUCUCAGGACUCAAUGAUUUUCAAAAGCUGUUAGGUGAUAUUAAUUGGCUUUGUCCUUCAUUAGGAAUUCCAACCUAUUCACUCCAGCAUUUAUUUAAUACUUUAACUGGGAAUUCUGAGUUAAAUAGUCCUAGACAAUUGCAACCUCAAGCUGAACAAGAAUUAGAAUGGAUAGAAGAACGUAUGAGAAAUAGUUAUUUGGAUCGUAUUGAUACACAAUAUGAUGUUGAGUUAUAGUCUUCCCUUCUGAGCAUUCCCCUACUGGUAUUUUAUAGCAAAAAAUGAAAAAUUUUUAAAUUGAUAUUUUUACCACGUAAGACAUAAAAAAGUUAUUUACAUAUAUAGGUAAACUUUGUCAGUUAACUAUUCAUGGGCACGUACGAUUGCAUGCCUUGAUUGCACAAGACCCUUUCCAAAUUGUGUUCUCCUUACUAACACCCAAAUAGCUGACAACUGGAAAUUUAAUGACAGCUGGCAAACAGCCUUUGCCAACUAUAUAGGAAAUAUCAAUAAUCAUUUUCCAAAAGACAAAUGUAUUCAAUUUCUUUUAAAAACUCAAUGGAUUUGUACUGACAUUAUUAAAACUCAUCCUAUCCUAAAAGCUGAUACUUAUACAGAUAUUAAUAAGGAAUGCAAAGCAAGAUAUAGUGGAAAAACUACAAAAAUUGUUCAAACUUCUUAUCACUCGGUACAAAAAGCUGAAUUAUAUGCUGUUAUUGUUAUUACAAGAUGUUACAAAUUCCCUUAAUAUUGUUACUGACUCACAAUGUGUUCAAUAUACAGUAAAACAUAUUUACUGUUACUGUAUUUGAUGAUGACAGUGAAUUGUAUCAAUUAUUUUGUACUUUACAACAACUGACAUUCAGGAAUAACUUACAGGUUUAGUGGUGUCCUGACAAAAGCAUCGAGACAAAUAAGUAAUUUUCAUUUUAGUUUAAGAAGGUUGAAAAUGUUCACAAUGCACAUGAAUGUUAAUCUCGUUUUUUAAUCCCCUUUGCAUUUUCCUUGUUAAUCUCCUUUUUCGUUUUUCUUUUUAAAUGGACACCCUUAAUUGCAUAGAUAUGAAGAAAAUAUAUGACAGGAAAUUAAUCUUUUCUGUUUCAAUUUUAAAUUUAAGCUUUGUAUUAAAGAAAACUUGAUUAUAUAGGUUCGUCACAUUGUCAGUACUACAGCAGGGAGAAUACAGUUAAUGACCCUGUAACAUUUUACCAUGUGAGGGAUGCUGAUGCAGUGGAGGACAUGAGGACUUAACAACAUGGGUGGUGUUGAUCUAAUGUUUUGUGUAAUUGAAAGCAUCAUAAUAUUGUAUAUCAAUGAUACUUUAAUAAAAAGAAAGAAUAGAAGAAUAAUUUGCUGGGAACAAAAAGAAAACUUGAUUAUAACAUUCUAGAAAGAUGACAAAACAGAAAGCCACCAGAAUCUGUCUCCCAACGAUACAGCACAUAGACCGGCAGAACCUGCAUGAUGCAAAUAUUUUGGACUCUGGAGGCUACUGAAGCCUUGCAACUUCCAAGGAAAGCCUAGGAAGGUAAACUGGGGUUAGUUUCUAUCCCUUUCAGCUCCUUGCACACUGGCAGCCUCCCAGCCCCAGGGCCACAGCCAUGCACUCCUGCAGCAGCUUGCACACAACUUGUGGGAGCCAGAGUGGGAAGAAAGGGUGAGUCCAGGUCUCAGGGAUCUGGGCUCUGAAUGUGGACCGCUGCUUCUGGGCAGAUAGGCCCAGACAGAGUGCACGUGGUCAUUGUUGCUCCUCCCCUUUGGCUGCAAGCCCCACCCUGUCCAGCAGAAGAGAUUUCCUGGGGACUUCAAGGGCCAGAACACUCUGUUCCUCCAUGUCUCUCAUUUCCCCCUUGGUGCUUCAUUAAAGACUGGAAAAUUCAAAAGGAAUUGCAUACACAGAGAAAACUGGGCAGUGACCACACAGCCAAAGGAAAGGCUCUGGCAGAAAAAUAAGGGGAGAUUUUACAUUUGCAACCCAGGAUCAUCCUUGUCACUGACACAGCCUUCAACAAUUAGAAAAAUAAAAGCAUUACCAAAAACACUAAGCCCUGGUGAAGGGGGAGAAUUGAUUUCCACAGAUAAAAAAUUAUUAGAUUUAAAUGUCCAGUUUUCUACAGAAACUAUAAGGCAUACAAAGCACCAGGAAUGUAUGACUCAUUCAAAGACAAAGAAAUCUGUUUCUGUGAGAGAGCUGAUGGCAGGUGUGCAACACAAGGACUCUAGAGCAACUGUCUUAUAGGAGUUCAAAGAACUAAGGAGGUUAAGGAAGUCAAGAAAAUGCAUGGACAAAAUGGGAAUAUUAUUAAAGAGAUGGAAAACCUAAAUAAAAAAGAAAAUGAAGUUCUGCAGCUAAAAAUACACUAGCUGCAACAAUAAAUUCACUGAAGGGAUUCAAAGACAAUUUGAGCAGACAAAAUAAAGAAUUCAUGAACUUGAAUUUAAGAUAAUAGAAAUAAAUGAAUCAGAGGAACAGGAAGAGAAAACUGAAGAAAUGUAAAAACACCUGAGGGACCUGCAUGACACCAUGAAGUGGACGAACAUAAGCCCUGCAAGAGACCCAGGAAGGAG